UCCCAUCGCCGGGUGGUGUUCCGGCAUCCCUGCGGGUCUCCGCGCUCUCUCUCACCAACUUGUUCACACGCUUGUUGUUCUUGUUGUUGUUCUUGUUGUUCUUGUUGAUGAUCACUGGACGGCGUUUAGCGUAACGCCAUGGCCGGGCGCCUGGCGUUCGUCUCGCUGCUCGCCGCGUUGUCGUGGUCCCGAGGCGGAGGCGGAGGCGCGGAGUGGGACCCUGCGGGCUACGUCCUCUACUGCCCCUGCAUGGGGCGCUUUGGGAACCAGGCCGACCAGUUCCUGGGCUCGCUGGCGUUCGCGCGGAUGCUGAACCGCACGUUGGCCGUGCCCCCCUGGGUGGAGUAUCGCCACCACACGCCGCCUUACACCAACGCGCACGUCCCGUACGCGGAGUAUUUCCGACUGGAGGCUCUGAGCGAGUUCCAUCGCAUCGUGAGCCUGGAGCACUUCAUGGAGCACCUCGCCCCGCACCACUGGCCCCCGGCCACCCGCACCGCCUACUGCUUCGAGGCGGCCGCGGCGCGCAGCCCCGACAAGCGCUCGUGCCCCAUGAAGGACGGCAACCCCUUUGGGCCUUUCUGGGACCAGUUUGGAGUGGACUUUGUUCAUUCGGAGGUGUUUAACAGCCUCUCCUACCAUCCACACAGCAUGCAGCGCUGGCUUGACAAGUACCCGGCUCACAAGCACCCGGUGCUCGCGCUGCCCGGAGCGCCGGCGCAGUUCCCCGUGCUCCCCGAGCAUCGCCGCCUUCAACGCUACGUCGUGUGGUCGGACAAGAUGGUCUCCGAGGGCAAUCGGCUCAUCAGCGAUCGACUAGCGAGGCCUUACCUGGCCAUUCACCUGCGGGUCGGCUCAGACUGGCACAACACGUGCGCCCUCCUGCGCGAGGGCAAGGUGGGCUCGCACCUCAUGGCAUCGCCGCAGUGCGUGGGCGACGACCUCGCAACGGCACGGCCCCUCACCAUGGCCAUGUGCCUGCCGAGCGUGACGGACGUGACGCGCUCUGUUCGUGCCUGGGCCACGCGCAUCGGUGCGCGCUCCGUCUACGUCGCGACCGACUCGCACGACUACUCCGAGGAGAUUGGCGAGGCUCUGCAAGGACAGGUGAGAGUGGUGGCUGUGAAGCCAGACGUGGCACAGCUGGACCUGUACGUGCUGGCCCAGGCUGACCACUUCAUCGGGAACUGCGUCUCGUCGUUCACGGCCUUCGUGAAGCGCGACAGAGACGUGCACGGGCGGCCCUCGUCCUUCUUUGGCAUGGACGAUGCCGACAGCGCCCGCAACGAGGAGCUCUGAAUGUGAACGCAGUUUCUGGGAGUAAAAAAAACUAUAAAACUGUGCGUGCGAAAAGCCUUUAUUUGCUUAUUUUGGUUAUUGACCAUCUUGUGAUACUUGGGAACAUUUUUUCAGAUCAAAGUAUUUAUUGAACUGAUAAUUCAAAUCAAUGUCGGGUUUAAUGUUUUUAGAUAAUAAUGUAAACAGUAAAUGACUGCCUCUGGGUUUUGGCACAAUUUUGUGCAGUUGUCAUAUAAAUGUAAACGUUUUUGUAUCUCAUUCCUGUCAAAGUGUAUUUUAUUGAGCAUAAUGGAAUUGCAUUCUGAUCUAAAAUCAUGCUGAAGUUAGCAACACUCGCAUUUUUUUUUAUAUUUAACAGUUAAGCAAAUGUCAAGACAUGUAUAGUGUUCAUGUACAUUUGUCCUGCUAUAUUUAACUUGUGUUGGCCGAGGCUGCAUCUGUCCUGUUGUAGUAAAAAGACAAGCCUGGAAAUGCACAAGUGCCAGACGAUGGGUGAUUGAUGUUGGGUUGUACCAGCUUGGUCAUGUAUCUUUUCUAAAGGUGGCGAUGGAGGAAUUUAGGAGUAUUGAAUAAAAAUAUUGGAAUUGGCUGCAGAAGUUUGUGCAAUGACUACUUCAAGUCAACAUUGCACGAAGUGGAAAAUUUACUUUCUGAAAACGAUCACUACACAAUUCUGUGAACCAUUAAAAUACUGGAGAACAUGAA